AUGAUUUCAUUCAGGCAAGCAGCUUAUUUCGCUUCCUUGUUUACUACAGUUUCCUGUGGAUGCCUGAUUCAACUUUAUAGAAAUACCUUCUUUAAAGGUGGGGAUGUAGCUGCCAUCUAUUCUCCAAGCACCCACCACUGCCAGAUGACGUGCACCUUUCACCCAAGGUGUUUGCUAUUUAGCUUUCUUCCUGCAAGUGCAACAAAUAACACGGGCAAAAGGUUUGGUUGCUUCUUAAAAGACAGUGUUACAGGAUCCUUGCCAAGAGUAUCACGGAUGAAUGCAAUUUCUGGACAUUCCUUAAAGCAAUGUGGUCAUCAAAUAAGCGCUUGCCACCGAGAUAUUUACCAAGGAACUGAUAUUAGAGGAGCCAAUUUUAAUGUAUCUAUAGCUGAAAGUGUUGAAGAAUGCCAGAAAAGGUGUACCAACAAUAUCCUUUGCCAGUUUUUUACCUAUGCUACAGACAAAUUUUAUAUUCCAGGAUAUCGGAACAAGUGCUUACUCAAGCAUGGUCCUGGAGGUACACCUACCAGUAUAAAGGUCCUGGAUAAUGUGGUAUCUGGAUUCUCACUGAAGCCCUGUGCACACUCAGAAAUAGGCUGCCACAUGAACAUCUUCCAACAUCUGGCCUUUACCGAUGUGGACAUUGCCAGAGUUACUGCCCCAGAUGCUCUGGUCUGUCGAACCAUCUGCACCUACCAUCCCAGCUGCCUCUUCUUCACCUUCUACACGAAGUUUUGGAGGAUAGAAUCCCAAAGAAACGUUUGUUUCCUUAAGACUUCGAAAAGUGGGACACCGAGCCCCCCUACGCCUCAGGAAAAUGCCAUGUCUGGAUAUAGCCUUUUAACUUGCAAACGUACUUUGCCUGAGCCCUGUCAUUUCAAAAUUUACUCAGAAAUGGAUUUUGGAGGGGAAGAAUUGAAUGUGACCUUUGUGAAUGGAGUGAAUGUUUGCCAAGAGACUUGUACCAACAUGAUUCGCUGUCAAUUUUUCACUUAUUCUUUACUCCCAGAAGACUGUACAGGAAAGAAGUGUAAGUGUUCCUUGCGAUUAUCUUUGGAUGGUUCCCCGACCAGGAUUACAACCGGGACACCAUCCAUGUCUGGUUACUCUUUGAGACUGUGUCAAAGGGGAGACAGCUCCAUUUGCACAACGAAAACAAACGCACGCAUCGUGGGAGGCACGGACUCUGCGUGGGGCGAGUGGCCCUGGCAGGUGAGCUUGCAAGCCAUGCUGCCAGCCCAGAGACACUUGUGUGGAGGCGCCAUCAUCCACCCGCAGUGGGUCCUGACUGCUGCCCACUGCUUUGAUGGGCUUUUCUUUCCAGAUAUCUGGAGUAUUUAUGGCGGCAUUUUAAAUCUGUCUGCGAUAACAACAGAAACACCUGUCUCAAAAAUUAAAGAGAUUAUUAUCCACCAAGAUUAUAAAAUAUCUGAAAGUGGUCAUGACAUUGCCUUAAUAAAACUUGAGGCUCCUUUGAAUUACACUGAAUCCCAAAGACAAAUUUGCCUACCUUCCAAAUAUGACACAAAUACAAUUUAUACCAACUGUUGGGUAACUGGAUGGGGUUUCACAGAGGAAAAAGGGAGAUUCAGGUGGCCCUUUAGUCUGUAA